UCUUUGCUUCUGCUUGCAGAGACUGAAGAAGGGAAGAGAGAGUGAGACAGAGAUAAGGGCUAGAAUCAAACCCUUUAGUUUAUGUAUUUGUGAUAGAUCAAAUCAUCGAUCUUUAAAUCUCUACCUUUAGUCUUUAUUCUUCAUCCUGUACGUUUUUUUGGUGAAUAAUGAAGUAAUGAGCAGAGCCCUGAACCUCUUCUUCUUGAGAAGAAGAUGGCUCACCAACACCAACAAGAAGAACGACCACAGCUAGAGCUAGAAUCCAACCCUUUAUUCGACUCUCUCUACUGUGAAGAAGAGCGUUGGGAGGAAGAAGAUGGGGUAAAAGAGGAGAAACAGCUAGGCGACGCAGAGAACGAGAGGAGCAACACCUCUGACAACAAUGGAUCUUGUUUACUCCCACUUCUGUUAUUGGAACAAGAACUGUUUUGGGAAGACGAUGAGCUCGUUUCUCUUUUCUCCAAAGAACAGCAGGCCCAGCUCAGCAUUGACCCUGCUCUGUCCUCUGCUCGUCGAGAAGCGGUGGAGUGGAUGCUGAGGGUCAUCGCACACUAUGCUUUCUGCCCCCUCACCGCCGUUCUUGCCGUCAACUACCUCGACAGGUUCCUCUCCAGCUUCCAUUUCCAGAGGGAUAAGCCUUGGAUGACUCAGCUCGCCGCCGUCGCUUGUCUCUCCCUCGCUGCCAAAGUGGAGGAGACCCAAGUCCCACUUCUAUUGGACCUGCAAGUGGAAGAAUCAAAGUAUGUGUUCGAGGCCAAAACGAUUCAGAGGAUGGAGCUUCUUGUGCUCUCCACGCUCCACUGGAAGAUGAAUCCCGUGACCCCACUUUCGUUUCUCGAUCACAUAAUAAGGAGGCUUGGAUUGAAGAACCACCUCCAUUGGGAGUUCCUCCGCCGCUGCGAGCGUCUUUUACUCUCCCUCCUCUCCGAUACGAGGUUUGUUCGUUAUCUUCCUUCUGUAUUGGCGGCUGCGACAAUGCUGAACGUUAUCGAUCAGGUUGAGCCCGAUAAUCCGGUCGAAUAUCAGAACCAGCUCAUGGGUGUGCUCAAGAUUAGUAAGGAGGAGGUGGAUGAUUGCUAUGAACUCAUCGUGGAGUUUAACUCAGGCCACCGUGGGUGCGGCCAGAAACGUAAAUACGAAUCGAUUCCAGGUAGCCCAAACGGCGUCAUUGAGGCAAAUUUCAGCUGCGACAGCUCCGACGAUUCGUGGGCUGUGGCAUCAUCUGUUACUUCGUCACCGGAACCUCUGCUGAAGAGGAGAAGAGCCCAGGAGCAGCAGAUGCGAGUGCCUACGCUUAGCCGUGUGUUUGUGGACGUGCUUGGAAGUCCUCAAUAGAGAAUGAUCCAUCUUCUCUGGAGUUCUGGCCUGAGUUUCCUAAUUUUAUCUUUUUUUUCACUCUCACCGUAAUGGCAUAAUCUCCUAUCACCACCAGCAAACUCGUAGUCACACCAUGUUUGUGAAACAUUCUCUAUCAUAAAUAUUUAUGUUCCAAGUUAAUAUUGCAGGUCAUCUCUGCGGUUCCAUCAAAAUUCAGUUUGAAAAACAUAUCCGAAUGUCUCUGUGAUUGAAUUUCAGAGAUGGCUGGCAAGCAUUGUGUACUCUUCAAGGAGAGGAAACAUUAAUGAGGACUAUUUGCACGUAUAUAUUAUAAAUUAUAAUGGGUUUUCCUUCCCA